AGUCCACAGUACUCCGAACACAGAGACCCAGUGUGUUCCUGGUAGACUCCAUCAACCGUCGCAAUCGACAGAACUCUGAAUAGUGAGAUAGUGAGAUUUUCUUCCCAAUAUCCUGCAAACGUAGUAGAAUCAGAAAAAAACACUUCACGAGAAUCAAAAAACUUGGAACUUCAAUCGAUUUUUCUCGUCAGUCUGGAUAGCAAGUGCACUGGAUAGCUUCCACAGGACAAUUGGACACCAAAGAUGGCGUCCGUCACAAUGAUGCUGUGGUUUGCAGUUCUCUUCUUUCUGGGCAGUGCCCCUGGAAGCGAGUCUCGACUUUUGCCUCAGGAACAGCUUCGAGUGGCCAAAGGACUUUGCGAAGGAGAAGCCCUACUCGCAUCAGCGUCAGCUCUAUUUGUUUCUUCCAGGUCUUUGCUCGCUGAUUCAGAUCCGCUUCCAAGCAAAAAUUCUGCUCCGAAUGUGGAGGAACUCAGGGUGAAUGGAGAAGCCGUUGAUCAUGGAAAGCAGCUUUCGAGCCCAAUCCAAAUCGCGUCCUUACAGAGCAGUAGCCAAGCAAAUGAUCUGAAGGUGGUCGAUAGCAAGGUGGUGAUAAAUCAUCCUGCACAUUUAACUGCGAGUGAGACUUACAGCACACUGUCCACUCCAAGCGGCGGCAACGACCUGAUGGUGGAAGCUGUGAAGAAGGAUCGAACUUUACACGGCGAGCUCCUCAGUAAAUUGUCGAGCAGCGUUCCAAGUGGGGGAGACCACUUGACAGUGGAGAAGCGACAUCGAUCGCCUCCAGCACAAUAUCAAAAUUUAGAUAGCGUUCCAAGUGAGGGAGGCCACUUGACAGUGGAGAAGCGACAUCGAUCGCCUCCAGCACAAUAUCAAAAUUUGUACAGCGUUCCAAGUGGGGGAGAUCACUUGACAGUGGAGAACCGACAUCGAUCGCCUCCAGCACAAUAUCAAAACUUAGACAGCGUUCCAAGUGGGGGAGACCAUCUGACAGUGGAGAAGCGACAUCGAUCGCCUCCAGCACAAUAUCAAAAUUUAGACAGCGUUCCAAGUGAUGGAAACCACUUGACAGUGGAGAAGCCACAUCGAUCGCCUCCAUCAGAAUAUCAAACCUUGUACAGCUCUCCGAGUGGGGGAGACCACUUGACAGUGGAGAAGCCACAUCGAUCGCCUCCAGCAGAAUAUCAAACUUUGUACAGCUCUCCGAGUGGGGGAGACCACUUGACAGUGGAGAAGCCACAUCGAUCGCCUCCAGCACAAUAUCAAACCUUGUACAGCUCUCCGAGUGGGGGAGACCACCUGACUGUGGAGAAGCGCCAUCGAUCGCCUCCAGCACAAUAUCAAAACUUAGAAAGCGUUCCAAGUGGGGGAGACCACUUGACAGUGGAGGCGAAGCACGAUAGAUCACCUCCCGCAGAAUACCAAAAGCUGUUGUCCGUACCGAGUGGUGGUGAUCAUCUGAGAGUCCAGGAGAACAACGAGCCGUCACAACCGGCAAUCGGCUCUGAAAUCCUGGCGAAUUUGCAGAGUUCUACUCCCAGCUGUUGCAACCAGCUGGUUGUGGAGUCAAAGAAGACCCUGGCACCACCUACUGAUACUUCUGGGCUCGAUCUUGUCUCAGUUGAAGGUUUAAGAAAUCGAAAUUUGGGCGAUUCGCUGGUUUCAAAGUCAGGCGACCAGGUGUUGGUUGAGGAGCCUGCACCCCCUUCGCAGACUGAGAAUUUUUGGUCUUACCCAAGCGAUCGAAGCAGUCAGACACCAGCUCCUCAGUCGGAGAUGAAGCACACUCAGCGUGAGGCAUCAUCCGUGGAUACCAGUCAGAUAGUCGGCUGCACGGAUUCCAUUUUUGACAGUCUGGAUAUGAUAGCUCAGCAAUUUGCGAACUCCAUCCGUCGUCUGGCUGUCUACUCCUAGGGCCCAGGAUUCCAGGAUGACCUCCGUGAGGUCUUUACAGUGAAAUCUGACCAGCACUGAAGCAUCAAGUGCCUGAAUUGGAUUGCGAGCAGCUACGCUUCCUCGCGUCCCAGCAUCGGCUUCCGCACCUUCAAAGGCAGAGAGAAGGUGAAGGAAUUAAGCAUCAUCGAGCGAGACGAGUGAGAUAAACAUCCCAGUCUGUUAUAUUCGGAGUUCGAAUGCUUCGAUCCCUUCGAGAGGCAUGGGGCCAACAAAGUUAUCGGUUCACGUUUGAUUCCUUUGGUUUCUAGAUUUACAAAAUGCAAGGCUAUAGGGCCUUCGUUUAAGCUUGGGUUCCUGAAAUUUUACGUCAGAGAGCGUGGAAUUCAAAGAAUCGAGGCGGCGUAUAGAAGGAAAUCGCCCCCCAUCGAGCGGGCAGCAGUGCAUUAUCCCUUACUUGGGGUCUGCACGGACACAGCAACGAAGUACGAUAUGCAUUGCAUUGUCGUCCUUCAUCAACACAAUCUCGGCUGCAUCGAGCCUACUACGCCAUGGCGGCGUACAAUUAGUAGUCUCAGAAUGUUGGGGAGCUCGUAGUCACAAGAAAAAAGGAAGUAAGUUCGCUGUUUGCGAUCAUCCGGUUGGGAGCGCGGAGAGUGUGAUUUACAAUUUGCACGAAGGCCAGGAGGAGAAGUUACUGAUGUCCAUACGCUUGUCACAGCUUGAUCGAUGUACAUACCGUUUAACACUAAGACGACCUGUGAAUAUAUGGAAACAGAACCCACUGAGCAGCUGAGAGGCGUUCUCUUUGUUCGAUAGACUAUUUGUUGGUGCCGCAUUCGCACCCUCACCUUAGCGCUUCAAUUUCUCUUCGCAAUAUUACACUGUACAGCGUUAAUUUGGGAAUUCUUUUAUAAAUCAUUCCGUCGUUCACUUUCGAUCGAA